AGUCCGGCCGGAUGGGUGGUUGAGGAGACAGCGGAGCAGCCGGGGGACUUUCUUUCAGGCGGCGAGGCCGCGGAGGGCGCGGGGUGGAGGGUACGAGCGCGCGGGAAGGAAUGAGGAACGCACCUGGCACCUGAGGAUCGUGGCCGUUUCUAGAGGCGCCUGAGCCGCGUGCGCAGGCGUGGAGCGUCCGGGCGGGGGCGGGCCCUUAAAGGGGCCGCAGCGGAGGAUCCGGGAGUCCGCGGAGAACCCGGGUUUAAGCGCGUCCCCCCGUCUCCAGCCCGCGACGCUAUGGCUCACGUCGGCUCUCGCAAGCGCUCCAGGAGUCGCAGCCGGUCCCGGGGGCGAGGGUCGGAAAAGAAAAGGAAGAAGAGCAGUAAGGACGCCCCGAGAAGCGGCUCGGCUUCUAGAUCCCAAAGCCGCAAGGCCAGCACCACCUCCUCCGGGGCGGAGGCCUCACCUUCUCCCUGCGUCACAGAGAGAAGCAAACACAAGGCCCGGAGGAGACCACGAUCCAGCCCCUCCUCCUCUUCUUCCAGUUCUUCCAGCUGCUCUUCCUCCAGCGAUGGCCGGAAGAAGCGGGGGAAGCACAAGGACAAGAAGAGGAAGAAAAAGAAGAAAAGGAAGAAGAAGCUGAAGAAGAGAGACAAGGAUAAGGCCAAGGUGCAGCAGACCGAGGCUCUGCCUGGACCCUCGCUGGACCAGUGGCACAGAGCAGCCGAGGAGGAAGAGGAUGGCCCAGUCCUGACGGACGAGCAGAAGUCCCGCAUCCAGGCCAUGAAGCCCAUGACCAAGGAGGAGUGGGAUGCCCGGCAGAGCGUCAUCCGCAAGGUGGUGGACCCGGAGACAGGACGCACCAGGCUCAUUAAGGGAGAUGGUGAGGUCUUAGAGGAAAUCGUAACCAAGGAACGACACAGAGAGAUCAACAAGCAAGCCACCCGAGGGGACGGUCUGGCCUUCCAGAUGCGAGCAGGGCUGCUGCCCUGAGGGCCCCACUGCCCAAGGCCUGCACACAGUGUUGGUGGCACAGCCUGAAGGCUGGCCUCAGGGUGGGCAUCAGGGAGCCCGAUGGAUGCUG